GGAGGUAUGUUAGGUGGUGGCUACAAGCUGACCAUGCAGAAUCUCAAUGACCGACUGGCCUCUUACCUGGACAAAGUGCGAUGCUUGGAAGAGGAAAAUGCAGAACUCGAGUGCAAAAUUAGGGACUGGUACGAUCAGCAAGCCCCACUCUAUGACACAAAGGAUUAUGGCUCUUACUACCAACAGAUUGAAGAUCUUAAACACCAGAUUAUUUGUGCCACUGUGGAUAACAGCAAGCUUGUCCUGGAUAUAGAUAACAACCGGAUGACUGCAGAUGACUUCAGAAUGAAAUAUGAAACUGAGCUGUCCCUUUGCCAGAAUGUGGAAGUUGAUGUCAAUGGUUUACGUCAAGUCCUGGAUCAACUGACCCUUUGUAGGUCUGACCUGGAGACUCAACUUGAGUCCCUCCAAGAAGAAUUGUGCUGCCUGAAGAAGAACCAUGAAGAGGAAGUGAAUUCUCUGAAGAACCAAACAACGGGAGAUGUUAGUGUGGAAGUCAAUUCUUGCCCAGGACCAGACCUGAAGAAGGUCUUGGAAGAAAUGAGGUUUCAGUAUGAAGCUAUGAUAGAGGACAACCGCAAAGAAGUUGAGCAGUGGUAUGAAAGUAAGGUGGAGGAAGUCAACAAGGAAGUCUGUAGCAGCAGCAGAGAGGUUGAGGAAUGCAACAACAAAGUGGUGGAUUUGAAGCGUCAGCUGCAGACUUUGGAAAUUGAUCUACAGGCUCAGCUCAGUUUGAGGGACACGCUUCAAGGCUCAUUGGCAGAGACGGAAUGCCGCUAUAACAACCACUUGGCCGAAAUACAGAACCAUAUUUCCUGUGUGGAGCAGCAACUGACAGAGCUGAGGGCGGAGACGGAGUGUCAGAACCAAGAAUACAAGGAUCUCCUGGAUGUCAAAUGUCGCCUGGAACAGGAGAUCAAAACGUACCGCUGCUUGUUAGAGGGAGUACAGCAUGACAUUGCGUAA